CAAACUUCAAUUCCCAGAGAUGCAGUGGUGCAGGUGGGCAGGCGACUGGACGUCUCGCCUCCAGACGCAGUCCACAGGGCAGGAGGAUGAAGACCGCUGUGACUUUCUGUUCAAGAUCAUCCUGAUUGGCGACAGUAAUGUGGGAAAGACCUGCGUCAUCCACAGCUUCAAGUCUGGGCUGUUCAGUGACAGCCAGCACAACACUAUUGGAGUGGACUUCACCGUUCGCACAAUAGACAUCGAUGGCAAGAGAGUGAAGAUGCAGGUCUGGGACACGGCGGGACAGGAGCGUUUCCGCACCAUCACACAGAGUUACUACCGAAGCGCUCACGGCGCCAUGAUCGCGUACGAUCUGACCCGACGGCCCACCUUUGAGUCUCUGCCGCACUGGAUACAGGGUGUGGAGCAGUACGGAGCCGCCAGCGUCGUCUUCGUUCUGAUAGGUAAUAAGUGUGACCUGGAGGCGCAGCGGCAGGUGCUGUUUGAGGACGCGUGCACGCUAGCGGAGCGGACGGGCGCGCUGGCGGCACUCGAGACCUCCGCCAAACAGCAUCACAACAUCGAAGAAGCGUUCGAACUGAUGGCACGGGAACUCGUAAUGAGACACGGAGGAAUAGUCCAUCAGGACAGCCAAUCAGAUUCACCCACUGUUUUCCUGCACUCAGACUCUCAUCCAAUAGAAGGAGAACACCUGGAGAAGAGGUCAUGUGACUGCUGACUGAAUUUUCUAAAUUUUCAUCAUGUUAAUAAUCAGUGCCCAGGUGCACAUAUUGGUGAACUACUUUCCACUUUAUUAUUAACGCAAGUCAGCACUUAACUUCAAAAGUGCGGUGUUUUGAGCAGUGAGUGGAUUCCAACGCCUCUGAUUGGCCACUGCGUUCCAGAAAUCAACAUAUAUUUCUGUGAUUGGCUAAACUGCUCAACGCUGCAAAAACACGUUGUAAUUAGAAACCUUUGACGCUUUGCUGAGCUCAAACGCAAAUAUGGUGCGCUAAAUAUUGUGGGUGUGGUGUAAAAACAAAUCAGACAUUUCAGAAAAUGUGAAAUGCAUUUAAUGAAUUAACUCUGUGAACAUGUAUACAAGUACAAUAUUACGGAUUACCUCUUGAGGGACAUUUAUUCUGCAGUAGGUUCUGUACAGUACAAUAAAAUGCAUAAAACGUUACAAACAUUAAGUCAAUAAAUGCAUUCUUUGUUCUUUUGUAA